AUGUCAGCAAAAGGAAAAACUGGUCGUAAAAAAGCUGUUAAGGGAACAUCCAAUUCGGCUAAGGCAGGACUUCAAUUCCCAGUAGGAAGAAUUGGUAGGUAUUUGAAGAAAGGAAAAUAUGCAAAGAGAGUUGGAGCAGGAGCACCAGUAUAUUUAGCUGCAGUUUUGGAAUAUUUGUGUGCAGAAAUUUUAGAACUAGCUGGAAAUGCUGCAAGAGAUAAUAAAAAAUCAAGAAUUACACCAAGACAUAUACAACUAGCUGUAAGAAAUGAUGAAGAAUUGAACAAGUUCUUAGCAGGUGUUACAUUUGCAUCAGGAGGAGUAUUACCAAAUAUUCACAAUGUGUUAUUACCAAAAAAAUCACAAUUGAAAUCUGGAGCAACAGCUAAUCAGGACUAUUAG